UGCUUCGUGACGUCAUGUAGCUGCGACCAUUUGUUCAGUUCGUUUCUUCUCAGUAACUCGGUGAACGUCGGCAGUGGAUCAUAGUUGGUCACAGGAUGCAUCCAGGAAUAGUUUCACCUGGAUCUGGAUCAAAAGCAGUCAGAAGUUCUCCUCGUUUGUCUCCCCAGGACACCAGCAACACAAAAUCAAACAAGGAAAGGAAAGGAGGAAGCAGUCUGAAGGAACUGAAGAGGAGAGGAAGGAUGGACAGAAGCAGAGAGGAAAAAGAUGAAGAGCUGAAUGAGCAACUGCAGCGGCUGGAUGUAUCCAGCAGGACAGCAGCCACAGGAACUGGUCUGGUUUACACCGAAACCUUCACUUGCCAUAAAAACCUGUGGGAGGCCAGUCACCCAGAGAGUCCGGACAGAGUGACAAGCAUCAUGAAGGAGCUUCAGAGACAAGACCUGCUGUCUCACUGUGUCUCAGUCCAGCCCAGAGAAGCUACUGAAGAAGAGCUCCUGCUGGCACACAUGAAACAGUAUGUGGAUCUGAUGAGAUCGACUCAGACGAUGUCAGAGCUCGAACUCCACGCCCUGUCCGACACCUACGACUCCAUCUACCUGCACCACGACUCGUUCCAGGUUGCCUCCUUAGCCGUGGGUUCCGUCCUGCAGCUGGUGGAUAAGGUCAUGACCUCAGAACUCAGGAACGGGUUCGCUGUGGUUAGGCCUCCAGGUCAUCAUGCUCUGUGUAAUGCCUCAAACGGUUAUAGUAUUUUCAACAACGUGGCGAUUGCUGCUCGCUACGCUAAAACCACAUAUGCAGUCAGCAGGGUCUUGAUCGUGGACUGGGAUGUUCAUCACGGUCAGGGAAUCCAGUCCAUGUUCCAGGGAGACCCCAGUGUGCUGUAUUUCAGUGUCCACAGGUACGAACACGCGUCUUUCUGGCCACACCUCCGCCUGUCUGACAGUCACUUUAUCGGCAGCGGUCCAGCAGGAGGUCGAACCAUCAACCUGCCCUGGAACCAGCCUGGGAUGACGGAUGCUGAUUACAUCACAGCGUUCCAUCACGUGCUGCUGCCGGUGGCCUGUGAGUUUCAGCCACACCUGGUCCUGGUUUCUGCUGGAUUUGAUGCUGCAGUUGGAGAUCCAAAGGGGCAGAUGUCCGUGAGUCCUCACUGUUUCUCGGUUUUGACCCAUAUGCUGAUGGGUUUAGCUGAAGGUCGACUUAUUCUCACUCUGGAGGGAGGUUAUAACCUGCAGUCAACAGCAGAGGGUGCUGCAGCCUGUGUCGGCGCCCUAUUGGGCAGAGCCUCUCCCUGCCUGACUCCACCCAUGGCUCCAUCUGAUAGUGCUCUGGCGUUAAUCUCUCAGACUGUCUCGGCUCUUUGUCCACACUGGGCGUCUCUGCGAGUCUUCGAAAGCGUCCCGUCUGUGGAGGGUGAUGUCAUCAGAGCAACAGCCAAUGAGAGGAGGAUGGUUGGAGGUGGUCCUGCCCUCUCUGUUGCCACGGCUACAGGUCUGGUUUAUGAUGAGAGGAUGAUGGAACAUCUGAACAUGUGGGACAGACAUCACCCAGAACAGCCUCAGAGAAUCUUUAGAAUCUUUGCCGAGCAUGAAGAGCUGGGAUUGGUUGACCGGUGCAAGCGGAUUCCGUCUCGCUUAGCGACAGCGGAGGAGCUGACCAUGUGUCACAGUGUGGACUACGUGGAGGUGAUGAAGUCCACGGCUGGGAUGAAGCCCAGAGACCUGCACAAACUGGUACAAGAUUACAACUCCAUCUAUAUCAACAACCAGAGCUUCAGUUCGGCUCAGCUGGCAGCAGGAAGCUGCUUCAACGCUGUGGACGCCAUCAUGACAGGACAGGUUACUAACGGCGUCGCUAUCGUUCGCCCGCCGGGUCACCACGCCGAAUGGGGCUCCGCGUGUGGUUUCUGCUUCUUCAACACGGCAGCGCUCACGGCUCGAUAUGCCCAGAAAAUCAGCCAGUGUCCAGACUUACGGGUCCUCAUCUUGGACUGGGACGUUCACCAUGGUAACGGGACACAGCACAUCUUUGAGGAUGAUGACAGCGUCCUCUAUGUGUCCCUCCAUCGCUAUGACAACGGGACAUUCUUUCCCUCAUCAGAGGAUGCAGCCCCACACAAGGUGGGCAUGGCCCAGGGGGUGGGGUUCAACGUUAACGUGGCGUGGAGCGGCGGCAGGAUGGGAGACUCUGAGUAUCUUGCUGCUUUUCACCAUGUCGUCAUGCCGAUCGCGACCGAGUUCUGUCCUGAGCUGGUUCUGGUGUCCGCGGGCUUUGAUGCAGCUCGUGGUGACCCACUGGGUGGAUACCGCGUGACUCCAGAGGGCUACGCCCACCUGACGCACCUGCUGAUGUCACUGGCUGGAGGGCGGGUGCUUCUCAUUCUGGAGGGAGGUUACAAUUUGUCAUCCAUUUCCAGCUCCAUGGCGAUGUGCACCAGCGUGCUGCUCGGCGAUGCUCCUCCCCCUUCAGCCAAACCCUACAGCCCCCCUCAUCCUAGCGCUAUGGCAACCAUCAACCAAGUCAUCCAAUAUCAUGCCCCCUACUGGCGGUCUAUGAGAAUACACAUCCCGCCUUCUGUCUGGGCAUCUGUUCCCUCACUGACGCAUCAUGGGAAACGUAUUUCCAAAGAAAAAAGCAGAAAAUCUGAGCAGAUCAGCAGGAAUGUCCCGCCACUGCCCCCUCCAGGCCAGGAAGAGCAAACGGAGGACAGCGGUCUGGAGCUGCUUACUCAGGGAUUGGACAAUUUGAAUCUCAGUGAGAACUCAGCUGACUCUGUUCCAAUCACAUCCACACCCGUGGGUGGAGCCAGACCAAAGACCCGCCUCAACCGAGAGGAAAGCAGAAGUGAGGGGAGGGCAGGGUCAAGUGGAGUGACACCUGAGCUCAGCAAAUCAGAAGCCAGCACACUGCAGCAGCCUGAGACUGCUGCUGCAGGGGGGGCGGAGCAAGACGCACAGGGAGCUUGUGGUUGGUCAAAGCCAGCAGCAGCUCUGGAGGUGUUCUCUGCAGCAGAACUGGGCGGAACCAUCAUGUACCUGGUGGACCCUCUGUCCUGGUGCCCUCACCUUGAUGCUGUUAAGCCCGUCCCACCUUCAGGAAUCGAUGUCUUCCAGCCGUGUCAGAGCUGCAGCUCCAAGGCCGAGAACUGGAUCUGUCUCACCUGCUACCAGGUGUUCUGUGGUCGCUAUGUCAAUGAGCACAUGGUGUCUCACGGUGCCGACUCAGAGCAUCCUGUGGUGCUGAGUUUGGCUGAUCUGUCGGUUUGGUGUUACAUCUGUGAAUCUUACAUACACAACCAGAUUCUCUUUGAAGUGAAAAAUGCUGCUCACUGUGCCAAGUUUGGGGAGGAAAUCCGUUGGUGGAACUGAGCCCUGAGGGACCCCAUUGGUUCCACGCUGUGAUUGGACUGUUGAGCGUCGCCCUGGAAACCACAGCCAGCAGCAUUGGUGCUUUGUGCCAAAUUUUACUUCAAUUUUAAGUCAAAAUGUAACACAGCUGCCAAAAUAACAAACGUUAGGGUUUUUUAUGUCACUUUGUGUCACUUUGUGAAUCUUCACAGAAAAGUGGUGCUGAGCUCCUUCAGUGUCACCAGCAGGUCGUUUUUUCGAUUCCCGCUAAAUGUGACAAAUCACCAGCAGCAAAAAAUUUUAAAUUAAGAAGCAGCUUUAAUAUUUAUGAAUAAUUUUGAGGCCUCAUUUCCAAAAAAAAAAAACAUCUUAAGUUUGUUUUAAAACUUUGUUUGCAUUUUGUCUUCUGAGCUAAUGUGUGAAAAUCCACUGUGUGCACCAAAGAGUCACAAAGUCACACAAACAGUGUGUUACUUUAAGAAUCAAAGUUUUAUUGAGUGAGAAAUCCAUAAACCGGGAGAAAGACGCUCAGCAUGGCCUGUUUUUGCUGGCGUACAGAUGCUCAAGGUCGUUUUGUUCAGUUUGUGACUCAACACUGAAUGAUCCCGAACAGAAACACGGUCAUUAAUCACCAUGUGGGGGUCGGACUUCAGUCUCAGUUUUCACUCUGAUGUCAUCAUUUGUGGGCGUGUCUGACAGAAGACGCGGGUGUUGGGAAGCGGAUGUUUCUAAUGAACAGCCUGAUGACGUAGUUCUCAGUUUGAAGAGCUGCUUGAUGGAAGGGGUGUUUUAAGAUUUUUUUGUUGUGUUCAAAUCUUGUUUUUGGUCAUUAAGGAGAAAGGAGGUCCAGACAUGGAGUUUGUUUAGUUCAGACCGUGUUUUGUUUUUCAGUCACAAACAUCCCAAAACCUUUGUUCAUUUAAGAAAGAAAAAAAAAAGCCAAGCAUGUAAACCAUCAUUUUCUUUCUUACAUUUCUUUUCUGGUGUUAAAAAAAGAAUCUUAUUUCAGAGCUGUAAAAUGGUUACAAAUGAGAAUUCCAUCAAAACUUCAAUUCAGGGGGAAUUACUUGGUGAAGGCAUCGUGUGGCGUUCAGUCACAACACGCUGUGCAAUAUUGUUUUUCUGCACUUUUUUCUGUUUGUAAACUGAAAAUUAAAAAAUUCAUUGCUUUU